GUUUCCCUAAUUCGGACGACAACCAGCCGAACAUACCGCCACCCAUCCCAUCGCCAUUUUUAUGCCGAUAUUUGGCACCAUAUACAUUCUCCAUACGGACAGGAGCACGCUUGCAGCCCCACCUGGGCAGAUACCCGUGGUUUAGCUUCCAUCUGAGUGAUACUGGCACCUUGGCAAACUUACUUCUUGCCGGCAAACAGCCUUGCAACGGUGUGCCCGGGUAGAUUCUGUCCCCGUCCAAAGGUGCCGGUACAUUCCAACGGAACGAUGCUCAAGGGGCCACGAGCGGCUAAGGGGUUUGUCUUUGUCACCGCCGACGCCCAUGGUCAGACGGCUGCUGGAGAUCGUAAGCUCAUACGGAGUCACGUCAUGCGGGGGAAGAAUACCCGUACACGAGCUCUUCCUGGUCGAGUGAAGGGCCGUUCCCCGGCUACCGCUGUGGGAAUACAACGGCUACAGCAUGCUGCAGGAGACAGUGAUUCUUCUGAAGAGUCCCACGGAGCUCGGACACGAAGUGAGCUGCUCGACUCUGACGAGGAUGCUCUGGCCCGCAUCAGACAUGCAGAAAUGGUCCCCGGUGCUGCCGACAUGUUCACUUUCAUCAAGUUCCCUGAAGACAUCGAUAGUAGUUCGCGCAGCUUGCUAUGCGCAUAUUUUUCGUACAUGAAAGAUGAAAUGUACCCGAUCGUGAGGUACUCUCGCCCUGACACUCCCAAGACAUACUGGUUUCACUGGGCCCAUUUCGACUUAGCCUACCUGCACUCCAUCCUUUACAUGACGUCUUUUUCUUUGGAUAGUUUGAGGGGGCAGAAGAGUAAGAGGACGGAGUUUCACGCCUACAGGAUGAUUCACGAGCUUAACAAGCAACUAUCUGAUCCGAACACUGCACUGACCGACUCGACAACUAUUGUCGUCAUGGCCUUGGCCUUGAUCGCCGAGUCCUUUGGAGACGUAGAGUCCGCCCACAUGCACGUGAUGGGUCUCAAGAAAAUCGUCGACCUGCGUGGUGGCAUAGAAUCGUUUGCAAGUCACCCUCUACUUCAAUCCAAACUUCACCGAACUGGUCUAGUCCACAGCAUCUGCACCGGCGCGAAUCUAGCCUUUCACCAAAAUGCUGCGUCGUUCGACUCAGCUUUCGACGGUUCAUCUGAACUUGCCCGGCUCAAGCCAUUGGACGCGUCCUGCUUCUCCCGCUCGCGCUCUGUGGUACGGACUUUAGAAAGGAGGCUCUAUGCCAUCUUGAAGGAUGUCCAGGACCUCUCACAGCUUAUCAACGAUAGCCACGAUUCCGGUCACAAGAUACGGGAGAUGUCUCUCGAGGAUCUCAUAACAUACAUUCAAUCCCGGCUGCUCAUGCUCGAAUUUGAGGACAACGACAUUUUCCCCGAGCUUCUCCGGUUAUCACUCCUCGCUUUCUUGACAACUAUCUUCUGGGGUUUUCCUGGUGUCAAAUUCGAGUACCCGCGUCUGGCCAACCAACUCCGACAAGCUUGCAUGGCCUUUACGCCCAGCACCGCUGGAGAGAGCUAUCUCUUCGCCUGGGCCUUGAUGGUGGGGGCAACGUCUGUGUUCCGAGGCCCUAAUCAGACCUGGCUUCUGCAAAGACUGCGCCCUCUGAUCCGGGACAGUCUAGGGAGGACGUGGUUCGAAGUAAAGAAUAAUUUGAGGCAAGUCAUGUGGAUCGAUAGCAUUCAUGACGGCCCGGGGAUAGAGGUCUUCAACCAAUGUCUUGGGGAAACAGGGGACAGAAGUAUUGUUCCGAUAUAGUAAUGGACGAGAUCUAUCUAGCGCUCUGUUGACCUCUAUGCCUACCCCUAGGCUUGAUCAUGGGUACUCUGCACUGACGCCCUUGUCGAGGUACAGAUGUCCUUGCAUGACCGAAGCCAAAGGUCCAGUCGUUAAUUCUGUGACGGAGACGAGAAGUAGACUAGGCACCGAUUUGCCACCGCAAAAGCGAUCAUGUACGGUAGAAAUAAGGUUUAUGCUGUAUGAAACUAUGAUACGGCCGAAAAGCUAGGUUUUAGCUUUCCACUCUAA